CUCUCUCCCUCCUGCAGGCAGCACUCAUACACACUCUUAAACCAAUAGGAUACUGGACACACAUUCACAUACUCCUAUACUUACAAUCUACAGCUGCACGCACUCUACUGCACUCACACUCGCACAGUUCAUAUCAGAGGCAGUUGCUGACACUUUCACUUUACACAGACUUAUUUCUCUUUCACAAAUCUCACGCAGAAAAAUGAGGACAAUUGCGCUUUGCGUUUAUGCCAGUCUUUUGCUUACAGCCACCCUGGUGCCGCGCACCAGCCGGGCAGCGGACUUCCCCAUCAACUCACACCAGAGAUGGGAUGCUAGAGGAUCUUAUACUUCGGAAUCUGAAUCUAGUACCCCCUCCUCCUGCCCCAUGAAACUUAGACCCUCGGGUCAAUGUGGGAGCUCUGGGACCGGGGCAGAGGAGGGGGAGGACUGCCCAUACCAGCUCACCUUACCUCCCCUCACCAUCCAGCUGCCCAAGCAGUUCAGGCUGCUGGAGAAGACAAUGAAGGAGCUGCAGAGCCUGAAGGAGGUUGUGAACAAGCUGAGGAGCGGGUGCCAGGAGUGCCGUGGGGCACGAGACAGUGGAGCUUUAGGACAUCAGCAAGCUGACCAAGGACAGAGGGAUGCUGGGGAAGAAGUGAGACUGGACCUGACAGGACAAGUGCAAGCAGGGUCUAGCCAAGUGGAAAGGGGAGAUGGGAUGGUCCCUGGAACUACUGUGGACACUACUGGACUAGGACAAGGUUCUGUUUUUGGGAAAAUUACACCAAGCCCAAGCACUAUGCUGGAGAUGCAGGUGAAGCUGAAUAGGAUGUCAGCCAGCCUGCGCAACGCCAGGAGCCAGAUCUCGGCUCUGCAGGGUCGUAUGGAGGGGCUCAACCUGCUCAACAUGGACAACGUGCAGGCAAUGGUGGACAGACGGGUGGAGAACAUCACUGGAGUGGUGAACAAGCUCAGUUCCACCUGCACCAGCCAGUGUCCAGUACAGAAUGCCCCUCAGUUCAUCUUAGCCCCUCGGGACUGUUCAGACUACAAUGUGCUGGAGACGAGGAAGAACGGGGUUUAUCGUGUGACCCCUGAUCCCCGCAAUGGGACAUUUGAGGUCUUCUGUGACAUGGAGUCCUUUGGAGGUGGCUGGACUGUGAUACAGCAAAGACUCAAUGGGUCUGUCAGCUUCAACCGCACCUGGGUCGAGUAUAAGAAAGGCUUCGGCAACCUCAGAGGUGAGUUCUGGCUGGGCAAUGACCAUAUCCACUUACUGACAAAAGCCAAAGACAUGAUCCUGCGCAUCGAGCUGGAGGAUUUUGAGGGUGUCCGGGAAUAUGCAAAGUACGAUGAGUUCUACGUGGCCAACGAGUUUCUACGCUACCGGCUGUCUGUCAGUGGAUACAGUGGGACUGCUGGGAACGCCAUCAGUUUCAAUAAGCACUUCAACCAUGACCAGAAGUUCUUCUCCACGCCUGACCGCGACAAUGACAUGUACCCCUCCGGAAACUGCGGCGCCUACUACAGCUCCGGCUGGUGGUUUGAUGCCUGCAUGUCCGCCAACCUCAACGGGAAGUACUACCACAAGAGGUACAAAGGAGUCAGGAACGGGAUCUUCUGGGGCACAUGGCACAACAUGUCGACAGAGUACUACCCUACCAACUACAGGCAGGCCUUCAAAACUGUCAAGAUGAUGAUGCGGCCCAAGAACUAUGCUCCUUAAAAGGACAGGUAAAAUAUUCAUGAGUAGAGUCAGAUGGACAAACACAAACAAAGACAAAGAAAAUGGAAGAACAAGUAGACUCAGAAUCUCAUACACAUGAACAUAGUCAUGCAUUUGCACACAUUUACACAUGCAUACGUGUACACUGAAAAAGACUACAAGCCCUAUAGCCCUAUAGAAGUUUGAAUGCAGUAAUAACAAAAUAAUUGUGAAAAAAAUUUAACUGUGCUAUUACUUUUUUCUACUAUAGUGAGUGCGGGCUUCAAAAUGUUGGAUUAAAAUAAUAAUAAUAAAGGACAAUGGACUAUGAACGAUGAUGGAGUAAUAAAAAAAUUCACACAUGCAGUAUAAAGGACAGCCGCCUACAGGGGCCAUAAUAUUAUACAGAGGGUUACCAUGAGAGAUUUUUCACUUUUUCUCUGACAUUUCUCUACUUUCUGUCCUGCUGCCUCCCACUAUAAACCCAGCCAGGACACAGCACACAGUAGUAGUAAAAACUAAUGAGCUAUCAUUUUUCUCUACUCCAAAUGGUUUCAUAAUUAACAGCAGCCACUCAAGUGAGGUAUAUGAGAGCUGAUGAUACAGUUUUGAGUGUCAAACUGUUAUAAAAAAAAAAAAAAAAAAAACCCCACAGGCAAUCACACACAGUACUCUUUAGGCAGCACUAGCUUCUGUGUCGUUUAUUUAUUUACACUGAGACACUUUUCUAAUGUAUUAUCAUUCAAUAGAAUAUAAAACAUCCCAGUAUAAAUAUUUAGCCUGUGAUAAAUUUCUACUGGGUCUUCCCCAAGCACAUUCUGCAUAAUGGAUGCUUUAGUAAAUUCUACUUGACAGCAGCCACAGAGCAGGACACUGCUGCAGGAUAAAGCUGCCCAAAUUGUUGCACCCAGACUGAACUACUGCGCAUCUCUUAAUGCCAUAUGCCAGUUUUCAUCUGUUAAAAGAAAAAAAAAGUCCUCCCUGAUUCACCACUUGUACAAUACUGCUGCCUAAUGUUAGAAAACUGUAUAGCAUUGUUUAAUCCAUUUUAUAUACACUGUGAAUGGGAAGGAUGGGGAAAGAAAUGUUUCACUUUAAGGACGUGUACAGUAUUUAUUUUAUUUUGUGAGGUUAUGGUAGCUUUUAUAUAAUACAUAGGUCACACAAUACAAAGUCUCAUGGUUGUUGACAUUUGAGCAGUGGUAAAGACUGUGCGUUAUUGUAACCAUUCAUAGUAAAUAUGUGUGUAUUUGGAGCUUUGUGUGUGUGUAUAAUAUUGAUCUUUUCUAUCAUUCAUAUUCAACUGUCAUGCCAAAAGAUAUGCACUUUUUAUAUCAAAAAAUGAAUAAAGUCCUAACUCCAUGGCUGUGUACAUUGCAGUGUUUGGCAGUUUUAAAUCAUAUUGAAGCCUACAUUCAAAGUCUCUUCUGUAUUUGAAAUGCUGAAUCAAUGAAUGUAUACAAAAAUGUAUACAAGUUUAGCAUGAGUAUCUACAAAAAGAAAUUCUGAGGUGUCUGACGUCUAGAAUCUAGAGCUAUUUGACGCCUGUGAAAAUGGAGGGAUGAGGUGCUGCAUGCCCAUUAUAAAUGGGUUAAUGAAGUGUUGAUUCAAUAAAGCAACUCAAUAAAAGAAUGAGUUCAUAUUAACUUCACAGAGGAUAAAUGAUCCAACUGUGGGCCUUUGACUUUAAUGUCUGUUUACUGUAUGUGAAGAUCAAGUUAAUAAAAAAGUUUUGUUCUCGUC